UUUCAUUUUAGUCUUGAAUAUCAACAAUCAAUAAUAUACAUUUCUAUCAAGAGUAUCGACUAGGUCUUCUUAAGCACACGCAAUGUCUGAUUCUAAUGUUAGUACCAUGAUAGCGUGUUAGACAUUUUAAAGUGACUUUUAAUGUUAAAGCUAGAGCUGAACAUAUAGGAUUAGCAGAAUACAUAUCAACCAUGCAGAAUGAAGAGAGAUCGUUGCAGGAGUCGACCAGGUAUUUCACAGACCGAAAUGGCGGUGCUAGAAAGAAGCCUGAGACACGUCACUCAAGAACAUACCAGUUAGAUGUAGAUUCUGGUAGAUACAGACCUACUUCAGAACGUGACAACCAUUGCCUCGCCCUUGCUGAGUAUCAAUCUUCUGUAGAGUAUGCAGCUGAACAGAUAAGGGAGCUAAACGACGUCGUACAUCAGUUACAAGGAACUAUGGAUGUUAAGCACAGGGAAAACCGACACACACAGGAGUCGAUCUUGAGAAUGCUUUUAGAACAAAACGACAAUAUAAUAUCUUGUAACAUGCAAAUCGUUGAUGACCUGGCAGAGAAUAGAAAACUGUUGACCAAAGUAUUCUCAGAAAACAAUGAGUUAAUGAAGGUAUGUCUUGGAGAAUACAGAACAUCAACAAUAGAAAUGCGGGAAGCAAUACAAAUAUUGAGGAAAGAGAUUUCAGAGAAACAAAACAAGUCAUCAAAGUCGUUCAGUCAGAAUCUCCGUCAGAGAAGUGUAGAUGUACCUAUAGCCCAGUCAGAAUUGAACAGGCAUGAUACACAAACCGAACACAAUUGCUUUCAAACUGGAGUGGACAGAAAUGCUACCCAUGUAGCUCAUGUUAUAUCUGAUGGCCAGUAUGCUAGAAAUUUUGAACAGAGUGCAUCUCAACCUGAAUGUCUCGAUGAUCAAAUGAUGGACAACCAGUGGGGUCAGUGUCUAUUUAAUGUUAAUGUUGCACAGCAGGGAAAUUUAGUAAAUGGGGAGUCUGGUACACAGCAGCAAAGAAAUGUCAUGACUUCACCAGCACAGCAAGGAAAUUCCAUGGGUGCUUCAACACCUCAAAGAAAUGUCAUGACUUCACCAGCACAGCAAGGAAAUUCCAUGGGUGCUUCAACACCUCAAAGAAAUGUCAUGACUUCACCAGCACAGCAAGGAAAUCUCAUGGGUGCUUCAACACCUCAAAGAAAUGUCAUGACUUCACCAGCACAGCAAGGAAAUUACAUGGGUGCUUCAACACCUCAAAGAAAUGUCAUGACUUCACCAGCACAGCAAGGAAAUUCCAUGGGUGCUUCAACACCUCAAAGAAAUGUCAUGACUUCACCAGCACAGCAAGGAAAUCUCAUGGGUGCUUCAACACCUCAAAGAAAUGUCAUGACUUCACCAGCACAGCAAGGAAAUUCCAUGGAUGCUUCAACACCUCAAAGAAAUGUCAUGACUUCACCAGCACAUCAAGGAAAUCUCAUGGGUGCUUCAACACCUCAAAGAAAUGUCAUGACUUCACCAGCACAGCAAGGAAAUUCCAUGGAUGCUUCAACACCUCAAAGAAAUGUCAUGACUUCACCAGCACAGCAAGGAAAUUCCAUGGGUGCUUUAACACCUCAAAGAAAUGUCAUGACUUCACCAGCACAGCAAGGAAAUCUCAUGGGUGCUUCAACACCUCAAAGAAAUGUCAUGACUUCACCAGCACAGCAAGGAAAUUCCAUGGGUGCUUCAACACCUCAAAGAAAUGUCAUGACUACACCAUCACAGCAAGGAAAUUCCAUGGGUGCUUCAACACCUCAAAGAAAUGUCAUGACUACACCAUCACAGCAAGAGGGUUCCAUGGCUACGUCAAUACAACGAGGGAUUUUCACCAGUGUACAUAAUGAGCAAAGCCAUUCUAAAAAAAAUGAAUCAACAGAUGACGUAGAAAUGGCUGCUUCUGAGUCUUUUGUUCAUUCAAGAGACAGAAGACCAGAGGAGGGAAAAAGAAAAGAAAGAAAGACAAUAAAAGUUCCUAUCAAUGGUAAAGGGAAAAGACAACGCCGGAAGAUUUCGAGAGACAAAGAAGAGGAUGAUACUAAAAGCACCAUGCCACAAGUGAAUCGGGCAUCAAAGGAAAUGGAUACAGCUAGAGAGAAGACUGAAGAGUGCGUGUGUCGUGACAGACAGACAACAGAAGAACACCCUAGCAGGAGUGACCAAGACAACACUGAUGUUAAAGAAAAAUAUAAACAAGAUUCUGUGACGUAUAAAAAGACGACAGAAAGUGAUGACGCCAUUGGAAAAAUUAAAGAGAGCAAUAAAGAUGAUAAAAAUGGAGAGAGCAUUGAGGAUAGGGGAAAUGAGGAUAGCGUUGAGGAUAGGGAAAAUAGAGAGAGCGUUGAGGAUAGGGGAAAUGAGGAUAGCGUUGAGGAUAGGGAAAAUGAGGAUAGCGUUGAGGAUAGGGAAAAUAGAGAGAGCGUUGAGGAUAGGGGAAAUGAGGAUAGCGUUGAGGAUAGGGGAAAUGAGGAUAGCGUUGAGGAUAGGGAAAAUGAGGAUAGCGUUGAGGAUAGGGAAAAUGAGGAUAGCGUUGAGGAUAGGGAAAAUAGAGAGAGCGUUGAGGAUAGGGAAAAUAGAGAGAGCGUUGAGGAUAGGGAAAAUGAGGAUAGCGUUGAGGAUAGGGAAAAUGAGGAUAGCGUUGAGGAUAGGGAAAAUAAGGAUAGCAUUGUGGAUACGGACAAUGGGGAUAGCACUGCAGUCAAAAAGAAGCGUAAAUACAACACUGGGUAUUAUAAGAACUUGAAAUUCUCAGACUUCCUUCCCUGGUUCAUGAUAUUGUUACUGAUUGCCCUUUUAUUUAUUUCAAACGUUUCCUACACUAAUUUGAUGUUAGUUAUUUAAACUAUUACGAAUAGGACUUAUUGAAUCGUGUGGUUCGGUUCACACAUGACCGAACACUAUACACAUACAUAAAACUGAUUAAGACAUACAAAAUUAUAUUUAUUAUUUUCAUUAUUUUAAAAUAAUCUAAGAAUGAUAAAAAGAUAUAAGUAAACUCUCAAAGAUGAUGCUCUUGGGUAAUGUCACAUUUCACAUUUUCUUUCGACAUUGUUCCGACUGUAAAGAACUUAGGUUAGUUCUUUAAUGCCCCCAACUGUAGAUUAUUAAAAGUGUACAAGUAUUAUAAAGUACACACACAAAAAGAAGUAGGAAAUUAGUAUUUAUUUACAGCAUUACAAUGGGUUACACACAUAUACUAUAGAAUACGUAGUCAUCAAUACUAAAAGUCUUAUAUGUGCCCAAAUUAAAUAUUCCAGGGUGCCUAGACUAGAUUCACUAAUAGAUUAGUUAAGGGUAUCUUGACACACAGGUUCUCAACCUUUUAAGCUCGGCGACCCCUUUUUACAAUUCCUCACUUUGCCGCGACCCACCCCCUUACACAUACACAGAAGAGAAGAGUAGACAAUAACAAUCCAUAUUUUCGAUGGUCUUGGGCGACCCCUGGCAAAUCGUCAAUCGACCCGCAAAGGGGUCGCGACCCACAGGUUGAGAACCCCUGUAGACUUGACACAACAUAGUAUUACCCCAAAAAUUCAAUUCAUACACAUAGAGUAAGAUCUCCGUACUCUAGGCAUAAUAGCCGAAAACAAUUACCAACAUCCUACUCAGACCAGGUCAGCUCUCCAAUCGACUAGACUGACCGCUAGAUAUUCGUCUAUUAACUUCCCUGAAAACCUCGUGAUAAAAAAAAACAUUCACAACUCAACCAAUAAAAUAAACAAACACACACACACAAUCUCACAUCUUACACACCCCUGCUCUUGACAUCGACCACAGCUAAUGCCCAGGCAUUCAUUUUAUUUGUAUGAGAUUAUCCAUAGUCUUCAACAAAAGGAUGACAGUAUUAAAACCACAUCUUUCGUGAUUUUUUUUUCUUCAAUACCAACUUUCUGUUUACGACAUUCACCUUACAGUAGAACAGCGGUUCUCAACCUUUUAAGCUCGGCGACCCCUUUUACAUUCCCCCACCAUGCCGCGACCCCCCCCACACACACACACAGCAAUAGAAGAAUAGACAAAAACAAUCCUUUCUUUUGAUUGUCUUAGGCGACCCCUGGCAAAUCGUCAAUCCACCCCCCAAGGGGGUGGCGACCCACAGGUUCAGAACCCCUGCUGUAGAAGAAUACCACUUCUAACAAAACAGUUUAAGCAGAAUCCAGUAGACUUUCAAACUGAAGCUAUAAGAAUGUCGAAAUUAACCUGAUUCUUUAUCUCCAAGUACACCUUAAUUGACCUUAAACCGUUACCCUAUAAGUACAAUAGCAGAAUUCUAACUUUUAAAUCUACAACAAUACAACCAUAAAACAUCAAUGGGGAAAAUAUUAUAAAUUUAACUCGGAGUGGUCAAAACAAAAUAUAACAAGAACAGUAUAAGGCGGUAGUGACUCAGCAGUAAAUUUAAAAGGUGUAUCCCUUAGACGCGGUGGCUGAGCGGUAGAGCGCUUGGCUUCCGAACCGGGGGUCCCGGGUUCGAAGACUGGGUUUUUUUAAAUUUCGGCGGCGCCUCUGAGUCAACUCCGCUUUAAUGGGUACCUGACAUUAGUUGGGGAAAAGUAAAGGCGGUUGGUCAUUAUGCUGGCCACAUGACCCCCUCGUUAACCGUGGGCCACAGAAACAGAUGACCUUUACAUCAUCUGUCCCAUGGAUCACAAGGUCUAUAAGGAGAAAUUUACUGUACUCUAUCCCUGAGAUGUGGCUUCGUAGCCAAAUAUACCAUAUAGACAUCGGGAUUCAUUAUCUUAUCUAAUACAGACGUUACUUCAAAAAAAAUGAUUACGUCCUACGCGUCAUGCAUAUUAACCAAUGCCUUAAAUUCUGCCAAGUCACUGGUUUUCCUGGCUAGCUCAGGCAACUCAUUCCAUGCUCUAAUAGCACUAGGGAAGAAGGAGCAUUCGCAAAAAUUUGUCCUAGCAUAUGGGAUUAGGAAUAUGCCUUUAUCUUUGUGUCUUUCUGAGUAUUUUAUUAAUUUGUAUUUGUAUCUUUCUAUAUGUAAAUAACUUAUUUAAAUCUAAAUACUUUUUCUACAUUCUUCUUCGUGUUUUCUUCAAGUCCCAAGAACUAUUGUCAGGGCCGGUCUUAGGCCACUGCCACCUAUGCGGCCGCAGUGGGCCCCGCACUUUCAUAGGCCCCGCGCGAUGCGAAUUGUAGGUGUAAAUUAUUAAAUUAAACCAUUUAAAAUUAUUAUUAAAGGUUUCCUGGAAUUCUCCUGAAAUUAUAAAAUAUAAGAAAAUGUCAUGAAAAUCACAUGAAAGUAUUAUAAUCUUCUGAAAACUGAUGCAAAUCUUAAAACAGACAAAAUUGUCCUGUCGAUGUGUCAUUCAAUAUGGAAAAUGCCAAUCCUACUCGCGAUUAAAAAAAAGGUACUGUCAGCUUUCAUUUAGUAAAAAUGUAAUAAUAAGCCGAAUUUUAGCCAAAACAAGAACUUCAAAUACUUAUUUACUUAGAUAGCCACUAGCAUACAGAUAUUGAUCUAAUCAUCUAAAUCUCUCAACCUCUUAUAUAUAUAAAAAAAAAAUUUGCUAGUCGAUAGUAAAUCUAAAAGGCAGAACUGAUGUUUACCUAUUUUUUGUUGGAAAACUACUAUCUACUGUAGAUGGCUAGUAAAGUUAAUUUAACAGUGAUGUUGUACUUAGUAAAGUAGGAAUAAAAUGCAAAGACGAAUUUAUGUUCUAAUGCAAAAACUUCAUUUUCACUUAUUAUCCUUAUCAAAACCCAAAUUAGGCCCCGCGAAAUCCGUUUCGAAUAGGGCCCCGCAACCUGUAGGACCGGCCCUGACUAUUGUUACAAACCUAUUUCUACAUUUUGGGCUGAGAAUGAUGUAUAUAUGUAGAUCAGAGAUUUUCAUUUGAUGUCUUCAUUGUAUUUGUUCUAUAUUUCAUUGAAAUAAAUUGUUGUCGCCGAUGUAGUUAUUAACUCUUUCUCUCUGUAAUUAUUUAACACAUUCUAGUGAAAUCAACGUUGGUAUCGUCAGUUAGGAGAGAAAGAGUUAAGAAAUCUUCCACCUUUUUCUCUUGCACUUUUUAGGAUUCUAAUUUGAAGGCAGCAAAACAAAAUCUAAUCCAAGUUUUCAUCAGUGCCAUUACCAACUUAUAGUGGAUUAUUUGUUUCAUAGCGUUUAUUUUGUAAAUCUUUUUUAUGUUUUUUAUUUGUUUUGUUUUUCAAGCGAUACCGAUCGUUAUAGCAGGCGUCAACAGUGACCUGCGACUUUUCAACCGGUGGUCAGUGGAGACCAAUAGCCCGUGGCUACGUUGUACAGACACACUUUCCGAGUGGAAACUUCUGGGCGGGCCGGGUGGGGGGCGAUUGUGGAAAACGCUAUUACGAUUUUCCUAACAAUUUGACAGUUGAUAUGUAGAGUUGGUAGAAGAAUUACUUUAGUUUGACCAUUAUAAUUUUAUUAGUUAAAAAAAAAAAACAAAUUAAUUUAAAUUUAGCUAGACAACAAGAAAAUAUAUUUCUCUAACAAACUCUGCGUAUUAUAGGGCAUGGGCCUUAUUCCUUGGAGUUAUUAAAAUAAUAGCUAGAAACAUUUUGUCCAUCUUCUUCCAAGUCUAGAUCUAAAGGUCCAUCAUUGGAAUAUUAUAAAGUCUUGUUGAUUUGUAGAUUCGCUUGUUUCAAAUGUUUCCUUAUUCUUUUAUCUAAGAUUUGUACGUUAUGAAGUAGAAAAUAAUCACUCUAUUCGUUGUUUCAAUGAGGUAUGGCCUUUUAAAGAAAAUAAAACAAAUUCUUGAUUUACCUGCUAAUAUUUCCUCUACUCAGAUUACAACUUCUUCAUGGAAACUGGUUGGCACGCUUCUCGAUUACACAUCUAACGAUUAUCCUAGAAAUUUGACAGUUGAUGUAGGACUGUAUAUUUUGAAAAAAAAAAAAAAAAUUACCAGCUCAUUUGCCACACUGGGAAAACUCUGGUUUGACCGUAAUAAUUUUUCAAAAUAUAUUAACCAGAAUUCUUUCUCAAGGAAAAGGGAGAAUUGGUCGGGGUAAGAAAUAUUCCAUUGUUUUAAAUCUAAAAUUCAGUUGUUAUUGAAAGAAAAAACAAUCGCUCUAUAGGUUGUAGAAAGGAGGUAUCUUUUUUUUUUUAAAUAAAGAUUUUUUAAUGUUAUUCUUGUUUGAAAAAAAAGUCUCCAUCAUUCAUGAGUUGUUUCAGAGUAAACUGAAAUGUUUUCAUCUUCAUAUAGAAGAACGUUUCUUCUAUUUGUUAAAUAUUUGUAAUCAAAAUGUUUUCUGUUGGCUGUUACUGUCAUAGUAGUGCUAUCUAUGCAUGUCACUUGUAAUAUUUCAAUGACAUUAUGAUGUAAAUAUAUAUACUUUUUUUUUGCUCUUCCAUUUGUGGCAUUUUACAUUUGGAGACGUUUUUUUUUCCCCCUUUUCAAGUACCCACGUGACUAAACUGGGGCUGCAAGCACUAGUGUGUGUAAGAUUCUUGGGUAAGAUUCUUUGAGGCGUUUUUUCCAUUCUGUUCCCUGCUCUUCCAUUUGUGGCAUUUUACGUUUGGAGACGGUUUUUUUCCCCUUUUCAAGUACCCACAUGACUAAACUGGGACUGCAAGCACUAGUGUGUGUAAGAUUCUAGGGUAAGAUUCUUUGAGGCGUUUUUUCCAUUCUGUUCCCUGCUCUUCCAUUUGUGGCAUUUUACGUUUGGAGACGUUUUUUUUCCCCCUUUUCAACUACCCACGUGACUAAACUGGGGCUGCAAGCACUAGUGUGUGUAAAAUUCUUGGGUAAGAUUCUUUGUGGCGUUUUUUCCAUUCUGUUCCCUGCUCUUCCAUUUGUGGCAUUUUACGUUUGGAGACGGUUUUUUUCCCUUUUCAACUACCCACGUGACUAAACUGGGACUGCAAGCACUAGUGUGUGUAAGAUUCUAGGGUAAGAUUCUUUGAGGCGUUUUUUCCAUUCUGUUCCCUGCUCUUCCAUUUGUGGCAUUUUACGUUUGGAGACGGGUUUUUCCCCUUUUCAACUACCCACGUGACUAAACUGGGACUGCAAGCACUAGUGUGUGACAGAUUCUUGGGUGAGAUUCUUUGUGGCGUUUUUUUUCCAUUCUGUUCCCUGACGUCGGCUAACUUUGUUUUAUUUCUGUUUAGUAAGAUUGAUGAAUAGUAUUGCUUUAAGGUUGGUACUUUGUAUCAGCACAUGCUGGUCUAGUAAAUAAACUCAACGAAACUCUAAAUCUAGCCUUACAUUUCAAAUUGUGCCAUUUGUCAUUGAUGCGUGUCGUUCUCUAGGCUUAGAAUGACUUUUUUUUCCCAAUAAAAAAUGUAAACAAAAUUUCUUGGCAUUUCUGAUUUUCAGUAUUCUUCAGUAAUCGAGAGUGAUAGGCCUUAAAAAAUGUUUACAGUAGUAUGACCGGUUAAAAUCAUGUGCGCAUGUGUGUACAUCUUGUUGCCAACGUAACUUUUUUAGUGCGCAUGCGUGUCUAUGACGAUAAAGGGGAAAAAAAAAGUUAGUGACGUAUUUUAAAGUUCUAUUAAUAGUUAUUUAUAAAUUGAGACAAUAUGUACACAAAGGAAACUUGAAAAGCAGAGCUGUGUAUUGAUACCAUUUAUUAGGAAUGAAAGCGUUCAUAUGUUUAUCAACUUUUAGUUACAAAAUGUCGAUUUUUUGGGUCUAUAAAACAUAGCUUUUAUAAUAUUAGGAUAUAGCAAUGGUUCUCAACCUUUUUAGCUCGGCGAUUCCUUUUUAGAAUUUUCCAACAUGCUUUCGUUCAUAAUUAUAGGUAAUUUAUCUUUUGCUAAUGUUAUGGACAAAUACCUGCUUUGUAAAUAUCUUAUAAGCAUUGGCAAAGCUUUAUAUCUUUAAUGACGAAGCUAUUUAAUUAUACAUGCUUGAAAUAAAUAUUUUUCCUAAUUAUCAAAUUAGAAAUAAAUGAAAUUUGAUCUUUUACUUAAA